AGGUGACCUUCAUAUCUCUAAAAAAAAUGACGUAAAUACAAAAAUAUUUUUGGUAUCGUGUGAACUGAACACCCACUGAACCAUUUAACUUAAUUCUUAAAACUUUUGACGUAUCUCUAGAAACAACAAAGAUAUUUGAGGUGCAAACGUUAGGUGACUCACCCUGUAUUUAAGAUCGCUUCGCAUUUACUUAGAUCCCUGUUUCCUGUAUAAGACAGAGAUUAGAAAUAUGGGAUAAACGGGGAUGGCAAAUGCUUAAGACGAUCUUAAGAACAAGCAACAAUACUGAAUACUGGCCAAUAAGUAUUGUGUAAUCAGAGAAUUCUCUUAUUUACUUUAAAUAGAGAAAAAUUCGGUUUUUUCAAUAUUUGUUCACGUUUAAUAAAGUUGGGCAAAUAUCCACGUUCUAUAUUAAAUUCUGAGAAAUUUCUCCGUUUCGAUCCGGUGGAACAAUUCUAGAAAAAUGUGUGAAUCAACAAUGAACAAAGGGCUUUGUAUGGAAACGUGAACCUCUAAUUGCGAGCGCGUGGAUGCUGGAAACGUGGCAAUAGCAUCGCGCAGGCUCCUCUCCAGAGCGAGGCAGGACACUCCGAGAGGGAGAGUAAAGGAUCCUCGUGAAUUUUCAUCAGUAACCCCGUGACCGCCAAACCGUCUCUGAUGUGCGACUUUUAUGUUACAUCUUGGCAUUUCUCGUGGCUAUCCCUCGAAUAACCUGUUGCCCAAUAAAUAGCCAACCAGGGACCCCGUUACCACCUCUUACACGUAUUCAUUAUCAUAUUCAAUUGACCAUUUUCCAAUGGAACAUUCUCUUAACAUCAAUUUUUAAAUUGUGAUAUUUCAUUCAUCAUUAAAUUUCUGAUUGAACUGUGACCAGUGUCAUUUGUCGGUUGAUAAAAAAUUCGUACAAUUUGAAACGAAAGUUCUUUAGUGGUGAUUGUUGAGUUCGCCGAUAUUCAGGAUAGAAUUAUGAAAGGCGGCUUGUAAUUUUGUUCCAUUUUUUCCUCGCUGUUAUCGUUUCGUAAGUAACCUGUUGCGUAGCAAUUCAUUCAGAAGCAAUCGCAUCAGUGAAAGUCCUCCGCGCCUUCUGUUUUGGUGUCCCUCUUGUGAAACACUAUAUGAUAUAAAACGUGAACGAGAACUGAAUUUCGAUUCAAAAAUUGGAUUCGACCAAAGAAAUCAACACGGGAGAGACUGAUCCGAGGCGACCAAUAACGAAUUAACCAGAGAUACCGAAAUUCGUCGGAGUCUAACGCCAGUUGGAAACGUCGAUUCGUCUACGAAUACCAAUCCGUCACGCGUUUCGCGGGAUUAACCCUUGCUGAGGGUCCGCCGAAAUCCAAGAUGUGCCGUAGAUUAAGAAAACUGCAGCUUAGAAGAUCAUCAGAUUUCGGGGAGAUCAAAGGAUCGAGUUUUCAACAGAUAAUUGUUGAAACGUUCUGUUCUAAAAGAAAAGUCUCAAUGAUCGUAUUGGGGAAGUUGGUGAAAGCUUGAGAGCGCUGGAAUUGGCUCGUGAAAAAACUGGGAAUAGAACGGAAUAAUGUGGAAAGAGGCUAAUGAAAUUGGAGUGAGUAGCCGAGGGAAUUGCAGAUUGCCGGAUUAAACCCGAGAAAACCUAGAAACUGUCCAAGAAGCUCGCGUCGAGGCAAGUUUCGAAGCUAAUUCUGAGUCAGCAUCGAAUCGACGAGGAAACGCGAGCAUCGCGGAGAAUUUUGUGAAGCUUAAUGAAAAAAAUUCCUUGGCGAUUGGAAAGAAGGGUCAGCGGUAUAUGAGAAUGCCCUUCCGGUCCCGAGUUCUCUCGACCGAAGCUGCAGAACAGUGAAAAAUAUUUGCAACCGUUGACGAGAACACAGAGUCCCAAGGGGUACUUGGAUUAUUUGAUUCACGAGGCAUCGGAGAUAUCACGUCCCUUGCUGCUUUCAUAUCCUAUUUCCUGAAAACGAAUCGACGAGAAGAGAACAGAAAUUUUCACGAACCGACAUAUCGUAUCAUAAAUGUCAACUGCGAGGAACGUAACAAAUUGACGAGGAAACGCGACAGAAGUUUUUUCAUCGGGGCGGCAACAAUGAAACUCGGGAUGCGAUGCUCAACACACAGAACGCUUGGCGCUUGAACGCGACCCUCCUGCAUCUGAAGCAAUUGUUACACCGUAUGGCGACCAUGAAUCGGCACAAUAAUUACACGGAUAUAUUCCGCAGUUUGAACAUCACCGACGAGGACCUGGACUACGCGCACAAUUUCAUCGAUAAUUUGACGGUACAGAUGAGCAACGACGAGCAAGUCUGUUGCUACUGCAACGGAACGAUCAAAGACUUCGCCUCGGAGUACAAGAACUACCACGGCUACGUAGCAUUGAUCGUGUGCCUCUUUGGAACCAUCGCGAACAUGUUGAACAUAAUCGUUUUGACGAGAAAAGACAUGGCCGUGGCGCCUAUCAACACGAUUUUAACCGGACUGGCCACUGCGGAUAUGUUGGUAAUGUUGGAGUACAUUCCGUUCGCCAUUUACGUGUACAUCGUGCUGCCCAAGAGGCAGAUAUUCCCUUACGGAUGGGCGGUGUUCGUACUGUUUCACAUGCAUUUCACGCAACUGCUGCACACCAUCAGCAUCGCCAUCACGCUCACGCUCGCCGUCUGGAGGUACAUAGCCAUCAGGUUUCCUCAGUACAAUACUUGGUGCACGGCUUCGCGUUGCAGAACAGCUCUCUGGUGCAGCUUCGUGGCGUCAAUCAUCGCCUGCGCUCCCAGCUAUGCCGUGUUCGGGAUCAUAAAACGAACGGUGAACGAGAACGGUACGCUGGAAAUCGCGUACACAGUCGACGCAGAUUACUCACAGCACAAGGAUUUCUUGUACCAGCUGAAUUUCUGGGUGCUGAGCGUCGUCGUGAAACUUCUCCCUUGCAUAAUUCUCACCGUAAUCAGCUGCUGGCUGAUCAAAGCUCUUUACAGAGCCAAGGGAAGGAAACAAGCGUUGAAGAGUUACAACCAAUACACGAGCGGCGGUGUGGUCAACGGCCUGGUCGCGAGGAGACCGAGCAAGUCCGAGAAGAGAGCGGACAGAACGACCAAGAUGCUCGUGGCCGUGCUGCUUUUAUUUCUAGUCACCGAAAUCCCUCAGGGUGUACUCGGCUUGUUGUCCGGCAUUCUCGGCGAUUGUUUCUUCCGUAACUGUUACCACAACUUCGGCGAGGUGAUGGACAUCCUCGCGUUGCUGAACGGCGCCAUUAACUUCAUCCUCUACUGCUCCAUGUCUAGACAAUUCCGCACCACUUUCGGGCAGCUGUUCAAGCCCAGGCUGAUGAACAAGUGGCAGCCUGCCGUCCAACAGACCGACACCGUGCAGAGCACUUACGUAUGAUGCAGGCUGAAGGAUCUAGAGACUACGCGUCUUUAGAGUCACGUCAUGGCCAAACCGCAGAUGUUUUUAAUCCAUUUCGCUGUUUAAGUGUUGCAGUAUUCACGAUUUGUCAAUGGAUGCAAUAAAACUGCAGUCCAUCGUUAAUUUGGCUCGAUCGACUGGAUAUCACAGGUCGUGUAAGCGAAUCAACUAUAAGCAGGUAGAGUACAUGUGCAGAUUAAUACUAAUAGAUAUGCGUUCACGGUAUUCAGUUUUCAUCAAUCUCAAUUGAUAGAUAAUAAGCAAUUUGUCAAAUGUGUGUAUUAUAUGUAAAAAUAUGUUUCGGCUUAUAUGUAAAAAUAUGCAUCGUCGGCUUUGAAAAUCGUGGAUAAGAGGAUUUUAGUUGGACCGCUGAAGCGAACGCCGAGGAACUUAUCGAACUUCCGAUCUAACUAAUAAAUUUCAUAUUGUCGAUGCGAAUGGCAGGUCUAUUAUAAUGCUGAGAGCAAGCUUGAUCCAACGUUCAAAGCUUGCACGACACUAAAAGAGAAUUACAAGCGUACAAAGAGAAUUGCAUUUUGAAUUUUUCGAAGUCACGAAGCAAAGCGAUUUAUUUAAUGUAGUUUGAAACAAUUCAUUUCCGAACGUCAACUAACUUUAACCACGUUCGAAGCUGGUCCAAACGAAAAUUUACGCAACACAUUUUGGAUUCCCGGUGAAGCAGGCAUUAGCAAAUGUGUCCGAUAAAUUAUGCGGACAAACGUAGGUAGGUGCAACGUAUCGAUGUUACACGUUUAACGAUGAUCAAUCUGUUACAUAUUUAUCGUGCGUCAUCCAUUCGUAGCAUGUACUCAUAAUAUACAUAACUUCAGUUAUUAAUUUACAUAAUUAAUAUGCCGCAAAUUCGAAGUUCACAGUAAUUAAUACAGAUCGUGAAUCAAAUUUAAAUACGCGUAGCCAAUUGAAAAAUUCCCGGCUACUGCGUACGCGAUGAAUUUUUCAUUGUCGAGUCCGGUCAAUUAUAUUUACUGUGUAAAUUUGCAAAUUUAUGCGAACAAACGACCAUCCUUGUAUUAAUCAAUUCAUUUUUUAAACAUAAUCAGAAAUUCUAUUGAUAUUUUGAUAAAAUAUAGCCAUAAUUAAUCCUAAAAUUAGUAUCGAAUAAACAUAAAUAGACCGGGCGCUCGUAACACAAAAAAUGGAACAAUUUUUUACAGUCUGCCAUUGAUAGGAGAAAUAUUUACAGCAGAUAGAUUUGUAGAUAUUGCAUUGAUGUUAAUGCAUACUUAAACAUUAACUUUAGUUAGCAAAAAGAACGUAGUUUCUUGA